AUGGAGGAAGCAAGUACUGACAAGCUACGACCCCAGGACAAAGUCGUCCUCGUUACCGGCGGUGCGAAAGGCAUUGGCCGUAUGAUCUCGGAGGGAUAUGUCGUUAAUGGCGCGAAGGUGUAUAUUUCAUCGAGGGACAGCAAGGCGUGCGAGGAGGCUUGCAAGGAGUUGAAUGCGUUGGGCAAGGGCUCAGCACACUCCAUCCCGGCCGACUUUUACAAAGUGGAGGAUUGCAAGCGCAUGGUUGAGGAGCUGAAGAAGCGGGAGACGAAACUGGAUGUACUGGUGAACAACUCGGGGAGUAACUGGGGCGAAUCAUAUGACACGUUCCCAGAAGCCGCUUGGACCCGCGUCCUCACCUUAAACCUCACCCGCGUCUUCACCCUCACGCAGCUCCUGACACCCCUCCUGGAAGCGGCGCAGACGCCCAGCUCGCCCUCCCGCAUCAUCAACAUCGGCUCGGUCGACGGGCUGCGUGUCCCCUCGCUCGAGACCUUCUCCUACUCGGCCUCCAAGGCCGGCCUGCACCAGCUGUCGCGCGUGCUGGCCAACCACCUCGGCAAGCGGAACAUCACGAGCAACACGAUCGCGUGCGGGCCCUUUCAGAGUAAGAUGAUGAAGGCGACGCUCGAGACGUUCGGGGAGGCUAUCAAGGAGGGGAUCCCGCUCGGGAGGAUCGGGAGUAAGGAGGAUGUCGCGGGGACGUGUCUCUUUCUUAGUGGGAGGGCGGGCGCGUUUGUUAAUGGGGCGACGAUUGCGUUAGAUGGGGGGAGUUUGGUAGGGAGUAAGCUAUAG